UUGGACAAACUUUACCUAACCUAUUUUGGGAACGAAAACAAAACAAAUUUGUUGACACCAAAAUCUAUGACUAAAAUAGGGCGUAGUCGUUUUAUUCACUGAUUAUACAUGGACGUAUUCUUUUAGGAUAUAUAUAGAAUAUUGUGUAGCCCCUUAUCACCUCUAAAACAAACAGUGUAUAAUACAAGUCGGGUAACCACCAAAUCGUAACAGGAGAUAUAUACCUAGAUAAGGACAAUGAAUGGAGAGAUUGUAAUUUCCGAAACGCCAAAUUGGUUAAAAGAACUAGAGGAAAAAAGAGAGAAGCGUCUUAAAGCCAAAUUGGGACAUGAAGCUGGUGCUGGGGCCCCUUGUUUAAAAUGUGUAGAAGAUUGUCCUGGUUUGGACUUACAUUUUUGGCGUAAGACCUGUAAAAUUUGCAGAUGUCCUAAAGAGGAGCACGAUGUUCAUGACGAUGAUAUAUCAAGCUGGGCGCAGUUUAAGUUACUUGGCAGCAGACCAAAUAAGGUCAACACUAAAAUCGUUUUAAAUGGAAAUACUGAAAUUGAAUUGGAAUGGACGCCUAAAGGGCAACAGGAAAUCGUCGAUAACUAUCUUAAGACGGUACCACAAGCGUCCUUACCAGUCAAAGGUUCGCUAGCAGCCCAGGAGCGCAAACAGAUGCUCCAAAAACAAAUACCCGUCCACGACAUCGACCCAUCACUGUGUCACGACCUAAACGAAGAAGAAACAAAGAAAAUGGAGGAAUAUGUAGCCCACGUCAAACAGUGUUCUAUCGGAGUCGGUCAGAUUAUCGAUCUAUCAAGUAUUAUAAGAGGUACUACCACUAUCAGCCCACAAAAAACAGCCAACAUAAUAGCUAGCAGAUACACAAAAAGCGUACCAUAUAACGAGAUACAAAAACUACAGACGCCCGACUUGUCAAGGCCUUUAGAAAAACUCAGUUUAACGCCAAAAAAAUUGCCGGAAAAUAAAUAUAAUUUAUCCAUAGGCUCUCAAGAUGAGAGUCGGCAAUAUCCAAUUGCUGAAAGUAAAUAUAGAGACAUUAUUCAUCCGUUAUAUGAAAAUAAUAUUAAGACAAAUUUAGAAGACCCUCAGUAUGUACAAAAUAAGGGAUCGUUAGGAAAUAUAGGUGAUAGAAGAAUACCUAAAGUACCAAGUCAGUAUUUAGAAACUCAUAUGCCUUAUAAAUCAAAUUACAAUCAAGAACCAACUGUAAUUCACCAGGAUGACAGAUAUGGUUUUGAGAAUCCUUUAUUUAAUCGAAAUAAACUAGAGAAUUAUAAGUUACCUCGCGAUAUGAGUACCAAUUAUCAGAAUCCGGUUUAUCCUAGGGAUACUAAAUUAGUAUAUGGUACUCAUGAUGGCGGAUUAGAUUCUAAAUGUAAACUGAAGUCUAAUAAUACGCCAUAUAAAGAAGAGUAUAUUGAUGUGCCUUAUGUGGGAUUCUUUGAUGCAAACACUGGUAAUCAUAUUCACGAACUAGGUAGUUUUCAUCCAAUCACAGGCAAAUUUAUUCCCGCUUUUGUCAAAACAUUACAUGACCCAGAAAAACUCUAUAUGUCGGAAAAUAUCGAAAAUGUUGCUUAUUCUGAUCCAUUAUAUAGUAAACCUCUUCCAGCUCAUAGAAGUAUUGAUCCGGAAACAGGACAUUUACUAUUUAAUCCUGGAUAUAUCGACGAAAAAAUUGGAGAAUAUAUUCCACUUCCUAGCAACUUUAAUGAAACCAGCCCCAAGGACAUUACUCAAAAGGAUAAAAAUAAAAAUGUUAUUGGAAGUGUACCUUACUUGGGAUAUAUCAAUCCAAACACUGGAAAAUACGUUCCCCAGCUUGGUAUUUUUGAUCCUACAUCAGGUCAAUACAUUCCUGCAUCGUUGCCAAGUUUAUCUACUUUAAAUCCUGAAAAUAGCGGUUUGAAUAAUAGUUCAAAUACUAGAGGGAAAGGUAUGAACAAACAACCUUUACCUAACUUAUGUCCUAACGAAUUAUUGGCUUUCAAUGAUUAUGUAGAACCUCAAACGGUUAAAAUAGGAGCAAUUCAUGAUAUAGAUCGCCAAAUUCAGGAGGCUACAAGAGAAAUAAAUCCAGGAUAUAAUAGUGACGAUUUUCCAGGCUUUGAAUGUAAUUCUAACGAAAUAGGAGGCAGUUUAAGCAACGUCAAACUGCCCGAAUGCCAUCAUUGCAAAAAGUCUUUUAAACAACACGAAUUUGCCGUCUCUAUAAACCGAGCAAAUAUCCUGUUUCACGCGGACUGUUUCAAAUGUACCGGGUGCAACCAAAGUUUGGCCGACAAUAUUUACUUUUACGACAAAGAGACGAAUAACAUCUACUGCGGACGAGAUUACGCCAAGAUCAAAGGGUACCCACGCUGUGCCGGUUGCGACGAACUGAUUUUCACUAAAGAAUACUGCCUGGCUGAAAAUUCCACGUUUCAUUUGAAACAUUUCUGUUGUUUCCAAUGCGACGUACCUUUGGCUGGCAAGGAUUAUACGCUGGACGAGGAGAAGCCGUACUGUUUGCCGUGCUUUGAAACAUCUAAAGCGGCCAAAUGUAGUACUUGUAUGAACGUGAUUAAACCGGAUGAAGUGGGCUGUCAAUUGGGGGAGGUGCAUUUUCACGCUGAGGAUAAGUGUUUUUGUUGUAUUGUAUGUCGUAAGCCUCUCAUGGGGAUGAAGUUGCUGUUAAGAAAUGAGAAAUUGUUUUGUUCCCAUGAUUGUUUUAACUCAACUAAAUGAUGUGUACUGGAAGUGUAUGCAGAAAUGGUACUAUGUAAUUUAUUGGUGCUUCCUAGAUAAUCAAACUUUUAAAAUGUAAAUGCUUAUAUAUUUCAGAGUGUUUGAGAGCUGAAGUCUGUCAAUUUUUAUAUGAAUAUAAUAUAAAUAGAAGAUUUUUGGAAGAUAUUCUUACUAUAAUUAUUGAACUUUUAUAAAAAAAUAUGAAUGAUUAUUUUUAUAUCAAUAUGGGGUUUAUAAAAUAUUUUAUAUUUAUAUAAGUAUGACAAUAAAGAUAUACAGUAUUAAUG